GGGCCUUAAAGUUAUUUUAUCAUUAUCAAUACAAGAUAAUGAUAAAUUAAUUGUAAUCAUUUCACAAUUCAUGACUGCCCAUGUGUUUCCAGUCUUAUUUCAGUUCUGUUAUAAUGUUUCAAUAUUUAUUCAUAAUAAUAAGUUUAUCGGGGGCCUACAGUUGGACUGAUAAUAAACAACGUCGAUUUAAAGAUGACUUCCUAUUUGGCACGGCUUCGGCGGCCUAUCAAGUGGAAGGGGGGUGGGAUGCUGAUGGUAAAAGUGAAAGUAUAUGGGACAGAUACGUCCACAGUCGCCCCGAGAUUACCCCGGACGGGGAUAUGGCGUGCGACUCUUACCAACAUAUCUCAAGAGAUGUUCAGAUGUUGAGGGAACUUGGAGUGGACUUCUACAGGUUUUCUAUAGCCUGGACCAGAGUCCUACCUACAGGAUUCUCCAAUAAAAUCAAUAAAAAGGGUUUACAAUACUACAACGAUUUGAUUGACGAAUUAAUUAAAUACAAUAUUAUGCCUAUGGUUACUCUGUACCACUUCGACCUUCCACAAUCUUUACAAGACCUAGGUGGCUGGGCUAAUCCACUGUCAAUUAAUUGGUUUGAAGACUACGCCAGGAUAAUUUAUGACAAUUUCGCAAACAAAGUCCCGUAUUUUAUAACGAUUAAUCAACCGAAUAGUGUAUGUAUCGAUGGGUACAGUGGGAGUUUUGCACCAGGAAUAAAUUCAAAGGGCAUUGGAGACUAUUUGUGCGUAAAAAAUGUUAUGCUCGCCCAUGCAAGAGCGUAUAGGUUAUAUCAAAAUGAAUAUAAGGUGAAAUACCAAGGGUCAGUAGGUAUAGCGAUAUCAGUUAACUGGGUGGAGCCUAUUAACAACCAAACCGAGAAUGUAAAAGCUGCAGAAAUCGCAAGGGAUUUUACUAUUGGUCUAUACGUGAGUCCGAUAUGGUCCAAAGACGGGGAUUUCCCGCCAUCAGUCAAGGAAGCUGUUGCUUCUAGAAGUAAAGAACAGGGUUUUCACAGAUCUCGCCUGCCAAGCUUAACUCCUGAAGAGAAGACUCUACUUAAGGGAUCAGCAGAUUUCCUCGGCAUGAACCAUUACACUACUGUUCAAGCCCAACCAAGCGUUAAAAAGUAUCCUUCGCCAUCGUUAGAAGAUGAUAUGCUGGUGGAUUUCGCUCAGAGUGCCAAUUGGACACAGGGUGCUUCUCCUUGGUUGAAGAGUGCCCCAUUCGGCCUAUACAAAGCUUGCGUCUACCUAAACCUGAACUACGAUUACCCCCCCAUUAUCAUCACGGAACAUGGCUGGUCUACUGGCCUCGGACUGAGAGACGGCAGUCGCGUGGAAAACCUGAGGGGUUACAUGACAGCAUUGUUGUUCGCGUUAGAAGACGGUACCAAUGUGAGGGGAUACACUGCUUGGAGCUUGAUGGACAACGUGGAGUGGGGGGCUGGCGUGAGUGAACGAUUCGGCCUUUACGAAGUGGACUUCGACUCGCCAAAGAGAAAGCGUUCACCUCGGGUCUCCGCCCAUGUCUACAGGAGAAUAAUAGAGCAAAGAAUUAUAGAAGAUACUUGGUUACCUUCUAGUUUAAAAAUGGAUGUGUCCAUGAGAAGAAUGGGCAAAGACAAGUCUGAAUUAUGAGCGAAGCUAAAUCGUACUUUCUAUUUUUUCCAGUGUUGUUGUUAUAAUUCUAAGGGUUUCGAAAUGUUGAAAUAAAUAUUUGUAAAUGUUU